AAGAAAGUUAUUGUCUUUAGAAAGAAGAAGGGUAAGAAGUGGUUAACACAUGAUACAUUGAAGAAAAUAGAUGAGAGAAGGCUGGCCAUAGAUAAACUGCUGAGCGCAAAAUCACCCAGGCUGAUAGCACAACAACUAUAGACUUCAAUGGCAGAAGAUUGUUGCAGUCUUAUAUCCCACUGGGACGAAGAGGACUAAGUAAGUGCAACAGGACGUUUGUCUGUCAGCACAAACAGCAAAAAACAAAUGUCUCUACGCUAGUUCAGCAGAGGAACUAACAUUCAUCAAAGCAAUGAGAGGAGCAAAGCAUGUUACGGAAGCUGUGCUGUGUGAUUCUACUCAUCAUCCAGAGGGAUACAGAAAGUAUACGGGUGAUUGGUGGAUGUAGGACUGUGGUACAGGGGGAGGAUGUGGACUUAUCCUGCAGACUGAUAGAGACAACCGAGGACCUCGAACAGAUAACAUGGCAGAAAAGUACUUUGGAAGAAACACAGAACCAUAAUUUUCUGCUGAUUAAUCCCAAUGGGGUUACGAACUUUAUUGCACCAAAUGGAUUGAAAGGUAGAGUCCAGUUUAUUGGGAACCCAUCAGAAAACAUUGGAUCUAUUAGAAUAACAGCUGUCAGACUGUUGGAUGAAGGCACCUUCACAUGUAUCUUCACUAUUUUCCCCAGUGGAGCAUACAAUAUAGAGAUUCCUCUGACUGUGCUUGUUCCUCCAGUGGUGAGGGUGACAGUUGAUGUUCCUCCUGUCAUUGGGGAGAAUGAGGUUGUCUUGGCAACCUGUGUGGCUGCUGGUGCCAAGCCACAGGCAGAAGUGAAGUGGAUUUCAGGUACAUUCGGCAGUUUGUUGAGGACAAUGACAAACUCCACCCAGCACGCCAAUGGAACUACCACAGUACUCAGCCACCUGCUCGGGGUGCCAACCAGAGCAGCCAAUCAGCAGCAGGUCCAGUGUGUGGUCAACCAGUCUGCCCUGGCAACAGAAAGGAGCUACAACUACACCAUAAACAUCCACUAUCCACCUCAGUCAGUGAACAUCACCCUUAGUGAGGCCUCUAAAGCCACAGUCUUCCUAUGUGUAGCAGAUGGCAACCCACAACCCAACUACACCUGGAGCAGAGUGGUCCAGCCAUGGCCUGUGUCUUCAGUGAGAGCAGAGGGAGACAUACUGCACCUCCUCAGUCUCAGCUCUGAGCUGAAUGGUCUCUAUGUCUGUGAGGCCUCCAACCUAUACGGACGAGCAACUGGCUCCCUCUAUGUACACACAUCCUCUGAGACCUCUGCUGCCUGUUGGGUUCUACUCAUUGUCAUUCUAUGUCUGAUUGUUACUGCGGUUGCACUCGUAUGGUACUGGAGGAAAUACGGACAGUGUCCUUGGAAUUCAAUCAUGGCCAAUCACCAGUUCCAGGCACCCCCCACAGGUAUGUGA